GAUAGAUGAAACACAAACAUUAGCACAGGAAACGAUCUUAAAAUGCGUUGAUUGUUCAGAAAAUUGAAUCCUCUGCACCAAACACAUCGACUCAGGGAACAAGCGGUGCACAGCUACCGACAUCAAGAGGAUUAGACGUUGAUUAAAGAAAUUUAUUUACUUUCACAGUGAUUAGUGAUUACCGAGUGCCGACUAAAACAAUAAUAGAAAUUGAAAACUUGGCGAAUUGUGGAUAAAACAUUAAAUACGAAUUCAUUCACAAAAGGUAGAACCCUAUCAUUCAUUAAAACAAUAAUACAAUCAUUCAUUGUUAUCAAAAUAAAAUCUAUUAGUCAGCCUAUUUUUCUCAUCAUACAUUGUUCAUCUAUGUAAACAUCAUUUAAAAACAUUGGGUAGUUUACAUUAUGCAUUGAUUCAGAAUCAUGUCGCUAGUCGACACUCCGACGGCCCGACGUUAAACACAUUACAAUGAAAAUUAUACUGCUCGUCCUGUUAGGAUCCAGCUUUAUUUUAACCAACAACGCUCGGCUGAUUGAGAAAAUUACCGAUCGAACAUUGACGACCGAAACGAAAACGACAGGAUCUUCUCCGCCGGUGCGACUCACGAGGGAGGUGUUCGACGAGGACUCACUCAUCGGGUUCUCCAGGGAAGACACGCUGCAGAGCGAUGAGUACUCGCGGAACUACAACAGAAGGGCGAGGCACUUCUUUAAAGCCAAGCCAAACCCAGACGUAGCAGCAUCCGCCAUCCGAGUACCAAGAGAGUCACAUGAAAAGGUAGAGAAAGUGACCAACAAAACUGUUACCAGCUCAUCGCAUCCUGCUCAAAUAAAGACAAAAAAUACCCUCGUGAAGAAACCCAUACCAAAAUACAACGAAAUGGACUAUGAUGACGACUUCCAAAUGAAGAUAAGCCGAUCGCCGGUGCGAGUAGUAGAUUCCGGUGAACACGAAGAUGAGGAUUUUAAUCUCGACGACUACGAUUUUGAUGUAAAUCAUGAUGAAUUCGUUGGUAGAGGUAAACCACUGGAGCCAAGGACUAAAUCGAAGGAAACUAAUGAACGCCCUCAACAAACAUCUGCGAAGCAAGAAAGUAAACCUGCACCAGCACCCCAUGAAGUUAAAACACCCACCAGUAACAAAGGCCAUGCAUCGGCAUCACAUCGACCCGUUUCAAAUAAAAAAGAACGAGCAGUAGAAAAUGUGCCCAAGAAUGUGGUCGAAAAAGAUGACUACUACGACGAUACCACGUCUACAAAAGCACCUGAGAAAGAGAAGGCGCGUGAGUUGGAAGAUGAAUUUAAUGAGGAAAAUGAAGAAAGCAAAGAAUUCGAUGGAAAAUCUGUAAGAAUGAUCAGAUCACCAUGGAAAGUGAAUGCUUAUGUUGACAAAUUGGGAGACAGAACGUCUUCGGUGAUGAGCAAAGUGCUCAGUAUUUUGCCAAUGUUCCCACAAAUGCCAAAUAAAAAUUCUGGUGAAGCAAGACGUCUAAGGAUGGAUUCUUAGUUUGCCUGUCUCUUUUUUCGAAAUAAGUUAACUUAUUUUCAGUUAUUAGGUUAAUUUUUUUACUUGCCUUUUGUGAAUAUUUUAUUUAAAAUUUAUCUUAAAUUACUUAGUACAUUAUAUUAUUAAUUCAGUGGAUCGAAUUGACUAGUUAUAUAUUAAUUAUAAUUGUGGAAUCGUCAUUAGCAUGAAUAAUAUUGAUUUAUUAUUCGAGUUUCGAGUGAUGUGAUAUGUAAUAAAAUACAAAUUCAGGACGAUAUUUUUUUAUUAUUUUCAAAGCAAAAGAAACUAACGUAUUUCUGUAUUUCAUAAAUUUUAUUAAUUCACCACUUAAUCUAGUGUAUGUUUACUUUAUUGAUUUAACAUUAGAUUAUUUAUUUAAGAGUUUGCAUUGUAAAUCAACAUUAUAAAAUAUAGUUUAUUACAUCGUUUUCUUUUAUGUUCAUUCCUUUCAUUCAUAACCUACAAUCAUACUAAACACUUAAUUCAAAUUGGUAUUUCCAAGUCUAUUUUUUUAAUCUUAAACAAAUUGUGUGCUUUGUUACAUUUUGCCACAAUGCUAUGUACCAAUGAAUUCCCUUUU